ACCCUCCCCUCACCUACGUCACUUCGUCGUUUAGCUUUGGCUUUUCAUCAAUAUGAAUACGAGUUUGGACAUCUGGCAUUGGGCGUUGGCAAUGGAUAUUGGAUUUGCUGGGUCUUAAAUGAAGUUUGCUGUUUGCGUGGACACGUGCAGUCAGAGUCGUCGCGGUAAUGCCGGAUUUGCGGGAUUGUGCUGGCUGGAAUCUGGAAAAUGAGCUGGCUGCUUGCUGGUGGUGUCUUUGCGACGAGCUUGGGGUUCAUAAAUGGAGAGGAGUGCUGGUGUCCAUUGCCUUGGUACUUUAUUUCUCGAUAGCAUACACCGUUAAACUCCGACUUGCGCAAUGGACGCCAAAGAAAUCGAACUUAAAACCAAAGCGUUGGCCAAGGCCGCGACGCAGAACGAAUCCGCGUCGACCAUCACCUCGAUACUCAAGGAACUACAGCAAGGCGUAAAGGCAACGGAGGAUCUUUUACGAUCGACCCGGGUUGGAAUCGUGGUCAACAAAUUCAAACAGCACAAGACACCCGAAGUGGCCCGGUUAGCGAGCGAGAUCGUCUCCAGAUGGCGAACUGAGGUGAACAAGCAAAAGGCCGCUGGGUCACCAGCCAAGGAACGCUCGAGCAGCUCACCACGCCCCGCUGCCGCUACCGCCACCGCUGGCUCCAACGGCAGCUCAUCACCCACCAGCGCGACUCCCACAGAUAAGGCCUCGAAGCUGUCCGUCGCCCCAGACAAGCGCUCUUGGAAGGCCGAUGGUGCCGAUAUCAACCAAACCUCCAACAGAAUUCGCGAUAGCUGCAUUGGACUCAUGUACGACGGUCUCUGCCUCAACUCCACCGAGCCCCCGCGCCUCGUCCUCCAAAAAGCCUCCGCUGUCGAAGCAUCCGCCUACAACUCCCUCGGCCCUGAGACUAAAGAACAGUACCGCACUAAGAUCCGCAGUCUCUACCAGAACCUAAAAAACAAAUCCAACCCGUCACUACGCGUGCGUGUGCUCAACGGUGACGUUACGCCAGAUCAGUUCGUGACCAUGUCACACGAAGAGCUGCGGUCCGCAGAGCAGCGCGAGAAGGACGCGAGGAUCAAGAAGGAGAAUAUGGAUAAGGCAAUGGUAGCGCAGGCGGAGCGCAGUAUCAGUACCUCUUUACAGUGUGGAAAGUGUGGACAGCGCAAGGUUACUUAUACCGAGGCACAGACGCGGAGUGCAGAUGAACCGAUGACGCUGUUUUGUACUUGUAUGAAUUGCGGAAAGUCGUGGAAGCAGUAGUCGCGUCUUUCCUGGGGUGUUUGUUAUGGGGUGUUCAUUCAUGGGGUGCUUCCGUUUUGCGGUGUUUUAAUAUGAGAUAUCUAGGUGCGAGGUCGGUAACUGGAGUUAGGAGGGAAAAGGUUAUUUCUAGUAGGGCUGAAUAUUACUGCUAUCUGCUCC